AGUACAUCCCCUGCUGUACACACCUGCGCUAGUCUGCACUUGGAGUACAUCCCCUGUACACACCUGCGCUAGUCUACACUUGGAGUACAUCCCCUGUACACACCUGCGCUAGUCUACACUUGGAGUACAUCCCCUUUGCACACCUGCGGUGGCCAACACUCAGAGUACGUCUCAGGAUGUGAAGGUCUACCUGAGAAUGGAAUAGAAAUCGGACCGUUCCUGCUGAAGAAGCUGACCUGUGACCUCCGACCCCUUGGUUGACACCCCUCAUCAGCGACUCAUCCUGACCUGCAGCCAAUCAGCAUGUCUCUCUACCGGAAAGAGAUGCCACCUCUGAAUGGCAACAAGUCCAGAAUGGUGGCCCAGAACAAGGCUCUGGGUAGUGUGAUGUUCAUGUUGGGCAUGCGUGACUUCCUGCGUGACCCGCUGGACCUGACUUCCAUGCUGCACAUCGCCAACCUCACCCUGGAGGACGAGACCCCGGCGGCGCCCAACUUCCUGUUGCAGUCCUUCCUGCGCCGCCUCUGGCUGUACCACCCCGACGCCCGCAGCCCCUGCUGCAUCUCCAUGCCAGAGCAACACUACGCCAGCGUCACCUGCGAAGCCCCGACCAUGGACGAGGGUAUCGGGGACGAGCUGCGGUCGGCGGUGCACCCCCUGGACCUGAUCACGGGGGCGUACAUGUCCUCCAACAGCUUCCUGCGGCAGGAGAUCACGUACCACAUGGUGCAGAGCGGCUUCGCCGUGCCCCUCCUGCUGCCUGCCGUCUGGCCGGACGUCAACGGCACCCUCCUGCUGUGGCCCUUCCGCGGCACCAUGGGCGUCCACAAGGGGGCCUCCGCCUCUUCGUCUGCGGCGUCGUCAUCUUCGUCGGCUUCAUCGUCGAGCCUGCAGGACUUCCAGGUGAAGAACAUGGCGGUGUCCCGCAUGGCCAUGAUCUCGUGUGUGCGACUCGGAGAGCUCAACGUCUCCAAGUCCAGAGUGCUAAACCGCGUGCUCAGCGGGCCGCGCAAGAAGUGUGCCUUCUUUGUCCACAGGGACAUGGAGGGUGGGCACCUGGCGCGCAGCAUCUCUGAGGGCAUGGUGGAGGUGGGCUGGAACCUGCCCUUAGGCGACCCCAACGGCGACACCUUCUCUCGCCCGCUGCUGCUGGCCAAUCUCCGCGGAGACGCCGCCGCGUGCGACCGACCCAUGAGCCUCCUGAGCCGCGGUUCCGGAAUCCUGGUGGUGUUCUUCGAGAAGCUGGAGGAGGCCGACCUGGAGAAGCUGACCUACUGGAGGAGCAUGGCAUGCCACAUGGUGCUCGUAGACACCUCACAUAUAUACAGGGACGGCGAGAGGGAGACGCACAACAGGCUGCUGCGUAAGGCCGUGAAGGAGCUGGAGCUGGAGGCGGGGAUGGUGGUGUCGGAGUGCCGAGGCGAGGAGGAGGAGAUCGCCGUCCACCUGAUCGAGGCGCUCGACCGCGUCAUCCCUCACUUGCACGGCGUCAACCUGGUCGACCUGGCGGGCAUCGGGAGCGACCUCUGCUACAACCUGGACGAGGACGACUUCUGCCACAAGGCGUAUCAGGAGUCCGAGGAGGUGCUGCGGGGGAUGGAGGACGACCCGGCGCAGUUCAAGAGGGACCAGCUGCCCCUUCAGGACAAGCCGUGGAAGCGCCUGGCCGUCCUCUACAAGGAGCAGUGCCGAGAGGACGGCGGCGGCCAUUUUAACCGCGAGCGCCUGAAAGCCGAGGAGAACGGCAUCCUGGAGGAGACCAAGAAGCACGUGGUGACGCCCUCGAUGAGGGCUUUCAUAGACGCCCUGACGACCAUGCACGGCGUCAAGCGGGCCUACUUCCUCAACUGGAUGAAGGCGAGACUGGACGCCACGCAGUGGGACACGGUCUCCCCGCCGGCCGCCGCAAUCGCGCAGCAGGUCGUCGUCGAGCAGCCGUCCGAAGACGGCGUCUUCCUGGGCCUGGAGCACUUCCUGCGAGAGAUGGGCCUGAUGUACGAGCUGUGUUACCAUAGUAAGAGCACCGACUCGUACGUGAUUCGCCUGCCGAACCUCGGCGCCGAGCUGCUCAUGCAUGGCGUCCCGCUGGAGAUCUACGACGGCGACGCGUCCUGCGUGCCCAUCAACUGGAUAAACAGAGUCCUGAUCGAGCUGCAGAAGAAGGUGCUGCUGAACUUGAGGACGAAGGUGAUCACUGCCUUGGGCCUGCACAACGCCAAGAACGCAGAAGUGCUCACCACGCUGUUGGGGGCCAGCUUCCUGAAGGGCAGCCCCCGGCACGCCAAGGGGGCGUACGUGCUGCUGGUCACCCUGCCAGAGUCGCUGAGGUGGGAGAUGGAGUGCGAGAUGCUGCUCGUCGUCAACACGGAAGGUUUGAACCACCCGGGCCUGCCGUCGGAAGCAGCGCAGAACACGAUUCACGAUCACGAGUUGGCCACCUUCGUCACGGGGCUCUGCGAUAUCCUGCUGCUGAAUCUGAAGGCCGAGAACGAGGCAGAGAUGCGAGACACGCGCCAGGUGGCCGUGAGCGCCCUCCUCCGCAACAAAGAGCUGGAGAAGAUGCCUGUCUGCCAAAUCAUGAGCCAGGACGAAGGGCCCGACACCAAGGCCUUGGCCUUGCACAUGAGUCGGGUCGUCCAGGUGUUGUCCGUAGACAAAACGAGUGAGGACUCUUUCACACCAAGUAGCAGCAGCAGCCCCUGCCUAUUGGGUCCCUGGAACAACAGCAUUCUCUACUCUCCCCUCAGCCCAGAGUGCACCAAGGUCGCUCUGGAAAUCAAGAACCUGCUGUUUGCCACCACGCAGAAGUGCGCCCGGAGCCAGGUGACCCGGCUGCCGCAGUUCAUGGAGUCCAUCCACCAGCUGUGGGAGGCCAUCAAGCACGGCUCGUUCCCGCUUCCCUUCGACGGCGACACCGGCGUGGCGGACACCUUCAGCGGCGUGUGCGACAAGAUGAUCGCCGGAGAGCAGAAGAUGGAGAGCCACAUGCAGGGCUUCCUGGGAGGAGUGGACGACCGCAUCUCAGACAUGCGGAAACAGCGGCGCAACUCGGAGGACAUCCUAAGGACGCUGGAGGACGAGACGGAGAGGGAGACGAAGACGCAGAGCGAGAGGAUACAGGCGAGCCUGGAGGAACAUUUCAGGAGAGACGAUAUCGACUUCCAGCUCGUCAGCAAUUACAAAGCCAGCUUCAGAAGCAGUGUCAACACCUACGGUAGUCAGACGACCACCGAGCUCAACAAGACGCUCGAGUCUGCCACAGAUGUGUACGACCUGUCUGCCAGGAUUAAGGCACUGCAAACGGCCAUUGAGGCAGCACUUGAGGUGAAGAUGCGAGCACUUUUAAAUGAUAGCCGAGAGAACGACACGUGCAUACUGGACAGCAGGCUGGAAUCAGAGUUUGCCAGCGUUUGGAACGAAAUACCAACCAACCUGGAACAGAAGGCAGUGGAGUCCCAAGACAUUGUUGCAAAAGUGAAGCAAGAGUUGCGCAGUAAUCUCAGGAUUCGGGUCUUGCAGAAAUACAUUGACAAACUCGAAUACAUCGGCAACCCAGGCCUCCCUGACUUCGAAGUGCGAAACGAUCACUUUGGCUUCCGCAGCAAGGUGAAGAGGACUCUGUCCAACGACAAAGAAGAAGCGCCGAAGUUCGCCGCCAAAAUGAUCAAUCAGUGCGGCCUCAACGUCGAAGAAAAAGUGAAGAGAAAGGAGACCUACAAAGACAAAUAUGCAACCGAGCUCCUCGAGGUCGUCGACAAGGGCCUGCACAUGAAAGACUUCAACGCCAACUCCCAGUUCGAGAUCGACCUCAAAGUCUUCAUCUGCAACAAAGCCGCCCUGGCUUUUCUGGAGCUUCAGAACAAGCUGAUCCGACAGAUGAACUCCAAGGAGAAGUUUCUGCACGACAACAAGGAGAAGUACAUGCUUGACUUCAUGUACCAUUUCCGCAAGAGGGACCAGUGUCAGAAGGCGGCGCGCACCUUCACCAACCUGUGCCUGAAGCCCGCCGUGCAGGGCUACAUCCAGAACUCCCUGGGGGCGGCCAUCUUGGACGACAUCUUGAAGAAGGACGGCCAGAGGUUCAACGGACCCAGAGACUUCCAUUACCACGUCCUCAGGGACCUGCUGGCGGAGGAUAGCUUCGAGAGCUUCUACGAGUUCCUCCAAUCCGGCGAGACCUACAGCCGCAAGAAGAUCCACGACCAGCUGAUUGGCUACUUCUCCGGAACCGUCAUGGUGGACGACGGACGCGACCAGCGCAAGGACGAAAUCUUCCAGAAGAUCGACAAGUCGGUGCAGGAGGCGGCCGGCGAUGAUAGCGGCAGGGAGCAGAGCAACCUGCGACAGCUUCUGGCCUCCAUUUGCCACAGCCUGACCACGGGCGCAGGAGGAGUCACCGUCCCCCAGGAGGCGCUGGUGGGCCCGCUCUUCGACAUCAAUACGCACCGCGAGAUCUUCAUCGCCAACCUGCGGGACGCCACCGAAGAGCUGAGUCAGGAGAUGGACGUGGAGCUGCGGCAGACACGCGACAAAGUGGACAUCACGCCAGACCUGCUGUACCGGCUGCAGGAUGAGCUGUUUGACCGUGUGAAGGGCUGCGGUGAGGAGUGUCCCUUCUGCAAGGCGCCGUGUGACGAGGGGGACAAGGACCACACGCUGCACAGCUGCCUAUGGCACCGGCCCAAAGGCCUGCUCUCCUACUCGGUCUCCAACUCCUCAUCCCUCUCACACAGCACCUGCUCACAGGAGGUUGGGGGUGACAACCUGUUCCUGAAUAAGGACACGGCGGAGGCCUCGGUGCCCUAUAAGGACUACCACACCGUCUACCCCAGCUGGUACAUCAAGGUGGCCGAGGCCAUCAGCCCCUACUGGGUCUAUGUGCUGACCCGCUUCAAUGGCCGCUUCGCACAGACCUACCAGCGGGACCCCGCCGACGUCCCCGCGCACUGGAGCAGCGUCACCAAGGAGGACGCGCUGGCCAGCCUGAGACAGGCUUUCUACUCAUAGGGGACAGCAGAAUAGGGUAAAAUAGAAUAGAGUUGAGUAGAGUAGCUUUCUACUCAUAGGAGAGGAGACAGCAGAAUAUUACAUUACACUACAGACUUUCUAAUCAUAGGAGACAGGAGAAUAUAACAUUACACUACCCAGCCUGAGACAGGCUUUCUACUCAUAGGGGACAGGAGACAGCAGAAUAUUACAUUACACUGCAGGCUUUCUAGUCAUAGGAGACAGGAGACAGAAGAAUAGAGUAACAUACUGUAA